AUUUCUAGAAUAAAUGUCUCCAACAAAUUAUGAGUUUAGUUAUCAACUCCUAAAUUAGAUAGUGAAAAAAAAAAAAAAAUUCCUAAAUUUUGUGCUAUGUCAUAGGGCAUGUAAUAAGUUGAGCCAACUUUAGAAAAGGUUACAAGAGAGAUGAGCUCAUUGGAGUCAGGUAGCUUAAAAAUAGAGAUCAGAUAUACAGAUGGUUAUGGAAACUCUUGCGUAAAGCGAACUAACCAACUUACAUUGACUACCUCCAUAAUGAAUCCAAGAGAUCUCUAGAGCAACAGAAACAAGAGGGCGUUAUCAGUUAUUGAAGUUGUAAUUGGUUCCAAGGUAAAAGGAACAAGAAGGCCAGGUCUUUGCCAUCCACAUUAAUCCUGUUCUUCAUUCUGGGUCUUGAUACUUGAAAAUUCCCCAAACAAAAGAAGGAAAAUAAUAAGGAAUUGAUAGUACAUAGCCUAUGAGUUCACGCGAGGAAGAAAUGGGAAUCAGAGGUAAAGCACAGAAGAGAGAAGAGGCGGUGGCGGUGGCCAUCGACAAGGACAAAGGAAGUCAAUAUGCUAUCAAAUGGACUGUUGAUCAUCUUCUCAGCAGAGGCCAAGCUCUCACAUUGCUUCAUGUUAAACAGACUACAAAUGCAGUUCCCAACCAAUCCAGAGGCACGACUUUUAUGUCUGAGGAUGUUGCAAAGGUGUACAAAAAACAACUUGAUGUUCAAGCAAAAGAGUUGUUUCUUCCAUUCCGUUGCUUUUGCACCAAAAAGGCUAUAAAAUGCAAUGAAGUCAUAGUUGAGGAUACAGAUAUAACAAGAGGAAUCAUCAACUAUGUCAAUGCCAAUGGGAUUGAGAUUUUGGUACUUGGUUCUCCUUCAAAAAGCAGCUUGUUCAGAUUCAUAUCUACAGACGUUUCAACCACCGUGGCGAAAAGGGCACCAGACUGUUGCACUGUUUAUGUUAUUGGGAAAGGAAAGAUCUCAUAUGUGCGAUCCGCUACCAGCUCAUUGCCCCCAAAAGCUCCAUCGAGUAGUCCAAUACAGCACCAAGCUAGCAACGUUUCGGAUUCAAGUGAUACACGAAGCACACCCAGCCAGAACUUUAGAGGACCCGAGCAGAAACAGCAUCUGCCCCAUACCCAGCAAAAUGACAAUGCAAUCCUGUCACCAUUCUCAAGAGGAAAAGCUUCAAUGAACAAAACACAUGAGCUAUCACCCGAGAGUGAUAUAUCGUUUGUGAGCAGUAACGGAAGGUCAAGCACUGAUAACAGAAGCUCUACAUCAUCUUACUCUGGAACCAAGUUCAUUGACAUGGGCUCUGCCCACAAUGACUUCACAUCAUGCUCAAUGGAUAGUGGCAAAUCGUGGUCAUCACAGAACAUGGAUGGAGUGGAAUCGGAGAUGAGGAGGCUUAUGCUAGAGCUCAAGCAAACAAGGGACAUGUACAAUACAGCCUGCAAGGAGGCACUCGUAGCACAAGAUAUGGCAACAGAAGUAAACCAAUGGAAAAGGGCAGAAGAAAUAAGAUUAGAAGAGGCAAAAGUAGCCGAGGAAGUUGCAAUGGCAGCUGCAGAGAAGGAGAAAGCCAAAUGUAUGGCAGCCAUCGAAGCAGCACAAGCAGCUCAAAGGGUUGCAGAAUUCGAGGCACUGAAAAGGAAGAGUGCAGAAAUGAAAGCCCUUAAAGAAGAGGAAGACAGGAAGAAGGCACAAGAAGGAAUGACAUUUGAUGUCAGGUACAGGAAGUACACACUUGAAGAGAUUGAAGCAGCAACACACAGCUUUUCAGGUAGUCUCAAGAUUGGGGAAGGAGGCUAUGGGCCUGUGUAUAAAGGUGAACUAGACCAUACAUCUGUGGCCAUAAAAGUUCUACGUCCAGAUGCAGCUCAAGGGCAUUCACAGUUCAAGCGAGAGGUGGAUGUGUUGAGCUGCAUACGGCAUCCAAACAUGGUCCUCCUUCUUGGAGCAUGUCCCGAGUACGGUUGCCUUGUCUACGAGUACAUGGCUAAUGGUAGCUUAGAAGAUCGUCUCUUCCGGAAAGGUAAUACCCCAGCUAUUCCUUGGCAGCUAAGGUUCCGAAUUGCAGCAGAAAUUGCCACAGGGCUUUUGUUCCUCCAUCAGAGCAAGCCAGAACCCCUUGUACACCGUGACCUUAAACCCGGAAAUAUUUUGCUGGACCAUAACUAUGUCAGCAAGAUUAGUGAUGUAGGUUUGGCUAGACUUGUCCCUCCAUCAGUAGCCGACUCUGUCACUCAGUAUUACAUGACAUCAACAGCAGGAACAUUCUGCUAUAUCGAUCCAGAGUAUCAGCAAACCGGCAUGCUUGGAACAAAAUCUGACAUCUACUCACUUGGAGUCAUGCUUCUGCAAAUCAUAACAGCCAAGCCACCAAUGGGUUUGACACAUCAUGUUGAGAGGGCUAUUGAGAAAGGGACCUUUGCUGACAUGCUUGACCCUGCUGUUAAAGACUGGCCAGUUGAGGAGGCCUUGAACUAUACCAGGCUAGCUUUACAGUGUGCUGAAAUGAGGCGAAAAGACAGACCGGAUCUUGGGAAGGUUGUGCUACCUGAGCUUAACAGGUUGAGAGCGCUUGGCCAAGAUAGCAUGAAUGCUAAGAUGUUUGGUGGCGGUGAAGUAUUCUCUCCAAGAAAAGGCCGAUUUUCCACCGGACAAUUACAGGAUGUGAUGAGUGACCCCGAUCUACGACAAUUUGGUUAUGAUAGCUCAAGGAGUCAAUCAAGCACAUCAUCUUAAAACGGAAGAAGAUUAUUCUCAGAUAUGUCACAGUCUUAAUUCUAAUUAGUCUGACGAGCCAUCUAUACACUUAGAAACUUGUGACUGAAGAAUUAGUAGAUACACUUA